AAAACGCUUUGGCGCUGCUUGACUGUCCUCCACCGGGCGAUAUUGCGGGUGAGGAGGUGACCCUUGUAAAGGUGCGGAGUAAAAGAAUGGAAUCUAAUCUGAGUCAAGAUGGGGUGCCUAGACCAUCUUAUGUUUUUAGCGCUGACCCGGUUGAGAGGCCUUCAGGAAUAAAUUUUGAUGGCAUUAAGCUUGAUCUCUCUCAUGAAUUUUCCUUAGUAGCAUCAAACACUGAGGAGAACAGUUUGACAUCUAAAGAUUAUCUCCAAGUUUGUCUUCGAAUAAGACCAUUCACACAAUCAGAAAAAGAACAUGAGUCUGAGGGAUGCGUGCAUGUUCUGGAUUCACAGACUGUUCUGCUGAAAGAUCCUCAAAGCAUCCUUGGGCGGUUAAGUGAGAAAAGCUCUGGGCAGAUGGCACAGAAAUUUAGUUUUUCCAAGGUUUUUGGACCAGCAACUUCGCAGAAAGAAUUCUUUCAGGGUUGUAUUGUGCAGCCAGUAAAAGACCUCUUGAAAGGACAGAGUCGGCUGAUUUUUACUUACGGGCUAACCAAUUCAGGCAAAACAUAUACAUUUCAAGGCACAGAAGAAAAUAUUGGCAUUUUGCCUAGAACUUUGAAUGUAUUAUUUGAUGGUCUUCAGGAAAGAUUAUAUACCAAGAUGAACCUAAAACCACAUAGAUCCAGAGAGUACUUAAGGUUGUCACCAGAUCAAGAAAAAGAAGAAGGUGCAAGCAAAGGUGCAUUACUUCGACAAAUUAAAGAGGUUGCUAUGUGUAAUGACAGUUGUGAUACUCUUUGUGGAAGCUUAACAAAUUCUUCGACUAACCUAGAACUUGAAGAAUCCAUGAAAGAUUGUGACCAAGCUAGCUUGACUGUGGAUAAUAUAAAGUUUUCUGUAUGGAUUUCCUUUUUUGAGAUUUACAAUGAGUGUAUUUAUGACCUGUUUGUUCCUGCAUCACCUAAGUUCCAAAAGCGAAAGAUGCUACGUCUUUCCCAAGAUGUGAAGGGCUAUUCUUUUAUUAAAGAUGUACAAUGGAUUCAAGUAUCUGAUUCCAAAGAAGCAUAUAGACUUUUAAAGCUAGGAAUAAAGCACCAGAGUGUUGCCUUCACGAAACUGAACAGUGCUUCUAGUAGAAGUCAUAGCAUAUUCACUAUUAGAAUACUGCAGAUUGAAGAUUCUGAAAUGCCUCGUGUAAUUCGAGUCAGUGAAUUGUCUUUGUGUGAUCUUGCUGGUUCAGAACGAAGCGUGAAGACACAAAAUGAAGGCGAACGGUUAAGAGAGGCUGGGAAUAUCAACACUUCUUUAUUGACUCUGGGAAAGUGUAUAAAUGUUUUGAAGAACAGUGAAAAGUCAAAGUUUCAACAGCAUGUGCCUUUCCGAGAAAGUAAACUGACCCACUAUUUUCAAAGUUUUUUUAACGGUAAAGGAAAAAUAUGUAUGAUCGUCAAUAUCAGCCAGUGUUGUUUUGCAUAUGAUGAAACAAUCAAUGUACUGAAGUUCUCAGCCAUUGCACAAAAGGUUUGUGUUCCAGAUUCUUUGAAUUGUCAAGAGAAGUCUUUUGGAUUUGUCAAAUGUUCUCAAGAUGUGUCACUAGACAAUAAUUUGGGUAAUAAAAUAUUAAACGUAAAAAGAAACACCAUUUCUUGGGAAAACAGUCUAGAAGAUGUGGUGGAAGAUGAAGAUUUGGUUGAGGAUCUAGAAAAUGCUGAAGAUAAACUAAAUGUGGAAACUGAACAUAUUGAUGAAGAUCUAGAUAAAACAUUAGAGGAUGAUAAGGCUUUCAGUAGCCAGGAGAACAGAAAGCUGUUGGAUUUAAUAGAAGACCUGAAAAAAAAACUAAUAAAUGAGAAAAAAGAAAAGUUAACAUUGGAAUUUAAAAUUCGAGAAGAAGUUACACAGGAGUUUACUAAAUAUUGGGCUCAACGAGAAGCUGACUUUAAGGAAACACUCUUUCAGGAACGAGAGAUGUUAGAAGAAAAUGCUGAAUGUCGUUUGGCAAUCUUCAAGGAUUUGAUUGGUGAAUGUGACACCCAAGAUGAAUCGACAAAUGGAGUUUGUUCCAUGAAAGUUAAAACAGAAGAAGCUCAGAAUUAUUUAGGAUUUGAAGAUAUUGUUGAUUCUCUUCAAGAUGAUGUCACUGAUAUUAAGAAACAGGCUGAAAUUGCUCACUUAUACAUUGCAUCUCUUGCUGAUCCCCAGGAAGCUAUUGCUUGUUUGCAAAUAAAGUUUAAUCAAGUUAAAGAGGAAUUAGCUAAAACCCAAGAAGAAUUAAUCAAAACCAAAGAAGCAUUAAAAAAAAGAGGAAAUGAAUUUGAUUCAAUGGUUCAAGAACACAAGGAAUUUAAUAAGGACAAAGUUGGUACAUCUUUAAUCAACAGUAAAUCAAUUUGUAAUGAAGCAGUGGAAAUGCCUAAGAACAGUAAAACUAAAACUUAUUCAGAAAGAAAAAGAUUAAAUGAAAAUGAACUUCAACAAGAUGAACCACCGGCAAAGACAGGACCUAUACUUGUUAGUUCAUUUAUCACUGAAGAACAAAAGAAAAAUGAAGAAAUGCAACAGACCAUUUCAAAACAUUUGGAUGACAAUAGAGUUUUACAAGAAAAUCAUGAAAAGCUGAAAAUACGUUUAGUCGCUGCUGAGAAUGAACUUAAAAAUGAAAAAGAGGAAAAAGAAGAAUUAAGUAAACAAAUUGUUAGUUUGCAACAGGAACUUACAUUUUCUGAAAAAAAGAGUUUAAUUUUAGGUACAGAAAUGCAGCAGAUUCAGUCAAAUUAUGAAAAUGCAGUUGCUGAAUUACAUGUGCAGAAAGGUAUAAAUCAAGAACAGGAGGACAAGAUCAUGAAAUUGUCAAAGGAGAUAGAAACUGCUACAAGAAUUACUACAAAUAAUGUUUCACAAAUAAAAUUAAUGCAAACAAAAAUAGAUGAGCUACGUUCCCUUGAUUCAGUUUCUCAGAUAUCAAGCAUAGACUUGCUUAAUCUCUGGGAUCUGUCAAAUGGUUCUCAGAAGAAUAAUUUGCCACAUGCACAGUUAGACCUUUCGGGCAAUGAUUUUUUGCUGAGUAAGCAGGUUAAAGAAUGCCAUAUUCAAGAACUCAGUAGGGAAAGUUCUUUUCACUCUAGUAUUGAAGCUAUUUGGGAAGAAUGUAGGGAAAUUGUGAAGGUCUCCUCCAAAAAAAGUCAUCAGAUCCAGGAACUAGAACAAGAAGUUGAAAAAUUACAAGCAGAAGUAAAAGGCUAUAAGAAUGAAAACAAUGCACUGAAACUGAAGGAGAGUGAAGAUAAGAUUAAAGAUGAGCUACUACAAGAAAAAGAAAGUCUUAUACAACAGUUGAAAGAAGAGUUGCAAGAAAAAAAGGUUAGUCUUGAUGUUCAAGUACAGCUUGUAAUUGAUGGAAAGAGAGCACUUUCAGAACUUACACAAGAUGUUACUUGCUCUAAGGAGAAAAUAAAAGAGCUUGAAUCAAUCUUAGAGACUCAGAAAUAUGAAUGUAGGCAUUUAGCUAAGUUAGAGCAAGAUGUUUUGGAAAAGGAAUCUAUCAUCUUAAAACUAGAAGGAAAUCUGGAGAAAUUUCAAGCAAAUCUUCAAGAUUCGAUCAAAAACACUGAAGAUUUAAGUGAAAAGGAAGUCAAGUUGAAAAAAGAAAUCACACAAUUAACAAAUAAUUUGCAAGAAAUGAAGCAUUCACUUCAAUUAAGGGAAGAAGAAAAAGAAAACAACAGACAAGAAACAGAAAAAUUGAAAGAGGAACUCUCUGCAAGUUCUGUCCUUACUCAGAAUCUCAAAGCAGAUCUUCAGAGGAAGGAAGAAGAUUAUGCUGAACUGAAAGAGAAACUGAUUGAUGCCAAAAAGCAGAUUGAGCAAGUACAGAAACAGGUAUCUUUAAUGCGUGAUGAGGAGAAAUUACUAAGGAUUAAGAUUAGUGACCUGGAGAAAAAGAAAAACCAAUAUUCUCAGGAAAUAGAUAUGAAACAACGAACCAUUCAACAGCUCAAGGAGCAGUUAAGUAAUCAGAAAAUGGAAGAAGCCAUACAACAGUAUGAGAGAGUGUGCAAAGACCUAAAUGUUAAAGAUAAAAUGAUUAAAGACAUGCGAAUGACACUGGAAGAACAAGAACAAACUCAAGUAGAACAAGAUCAAGUGCUUGAGGCUAAAUUAGAGGAAGCUGAAUGGCUGGCCACAGAAUUGGAAAAAUGGAAGGAAAAAUGCAAAGAUCUAGAAGCCAAAAAUAUUCAGAGGUCAAAUAAAGAAUUUGAGUAUAACACAGAUAUACUGAGUAAAAAACUCAGUAAGCUUCAAGAUGAGUUACAGGAAUCUGAAGAGAAAUAUAAAGCUGAUAGAAAGAAAUGGUCAGAAGAAAAAAUGUUGCUUAUCGCUCAAGCAAAAGAAGCUGAGACUCUACGAAACAAAGACAUGAAAAAAUAUGCUGAAGAUAGGGAGCGUUGUUUAAAACAACAAAAUGAAGUGGAAAUACUGACAACACAGCUGGCAGAGAAAAAUAACGACCUUCAGAAGUGGAGAGAAGAACGGGAUCAACUGGUUGCAGCUUUAGAAAUACAGCUGAAAGCACUGAUCUCCAGUAACAAGCAGAAAGAUAAUGAAAUUGAACAAUUAAAAAAGAUCAUGUCAGAGGAAAGAAACCCCAUGGAUGUCAAACCUACACAUACUAGUUUAACAGAUCCUGCCAGCGUUGAAACUGAAUCUCAACCAACAAUUUUUGAAAUUUCCAGGAAUGUAGCGGAGGAUGGAUCUGUAGUUCUUGACUCAUGUGAGGUGUCAACAGAAAAUGAACAAAGUACUCGAUUUCCAAAACCUGAAUUAGAGAUUCAGUUUACACCUUUGCAGCCAAACAAAAUGGCAGUGAAACACCCUGGUUGUACCAUACCAGUGACAGUUAAGAUUCCCAAGGCCCAGAAGAGGAAGAGUAAUGAAAUGGAUGAGGACUUGGUGAAAUGUGAAAAUAAGAAUAAUGCUACACCUAGAACUAAUUUGAAGUUUUCUGAUUCAGAGCAUAGAAAUUCUUCUGUCAAAAAGGAAAAGCAGGUUUCCACACAUCUGUCAUUCAAGAAAACAUACUCUUUAAGGAGUAAGGCUCCCACAAUUAGUGUAGACUUGACCACUAAGAAAAAAGAAGGAACGCUACAGAAAUUUGGAGACUUCUUACAACAUUCUCCAACAAUUCUUCAGUCAAAAGCAAAGAAGAUAAUAGAAACAAUGAGCUCUUCAAAGCUUACAAAUGUAGAAGCAAGUAAAGAAAAUGUGUCUCAACCAAAAAGAGCCAAAAGGAAAUUAUACACAAAUGAAAUUUCAUCUCCUAUUGAUAUAUCUGGUCAAGUGAUUUUAAUGGAGCAGAAAAUGAAGGAAAGUGAUCACCAUAUUCUCAAACGACGACUUAGAACAAGAACAGCCAAAUAA